AUGGGAGCUUUCUCGUGCUUUGGCUGCUUCGGAGAGCAGAAGAACUCAAGCCCAGAAUCACCUAAACCAGCUCGCCAGGUUUUGGCCAACGUCACUGAUGAAAAGAAUGUCUCAUCAGUACGAAAGGUGUCCACCGAGCACGAAGCCAUUGGGAAGGAGGACGCAAAGAGUGCCACUCCCCAAGAUGUCUCACCAACUGAAGAGGCCGUCUCUACAUCAAUCAGAGCGCCGAGUCCUCUCUUGGAUCCCAGUGUUAAUCUUCCACCUUCAGCAGCAAUUGAGGGUUCUUCGAUCAAAGAUCCGUUGUUGACCGAGAAAACGCAAGAAGUACAAGCACCCGCAAGCUCCAAAAUAUCCGACGCCAGAACCUCUCCAACAGACGUACCUAUUUCUCAGCUUAUCCGCUCUGCAUCUUCCGCCUCGUCGCGCGGAAAAGCCGAUAGUGCAGGAUCAUCGCUGAAGCAGGUCUCUACAGAAGCCACAACCCCACCACGCACGCCAGUAGAGACAGAAGCAAAAUCUGUCUUAGCAGCCCAACUUUCUGCGGAGAAAGUAAACACCGAAAUCAAGACAGAUGAUACGCCACAAUCCUUAGCAGAAGCAGAACCACUUUUUCCCCCACAAGUCGCACCUCAACCCCCAAACGAUAUCACCGACCUGAAAAUAAUCGAAGCAUUGCCCCCAUCACCACCACCAUCAACAGACACCAAACCAACCCUCCAUUUAAAAACCACCUCCCCACUUCCAAGUCCCGGUAUACGCCGUCCCUCCUUCGAAGACGACACCCCAAUAACACCUCUCAACCCGCAACCAAAACCGACAGGUGUCUCUGAUGCCAAUACCAGCACCAUCACAGCUACUACUGACUCUUCGUCUACCUCCAUUCCCGAAAGACUGACGACCAACCGCGUCUCCACCGCCCCCGUAGAAUCAACCACUCUCGCAAGAUCCAAAACCGAAAAGCGAAAAAGCGGACUCACUCGUUUUCUCUCCGUCUCCUCCCACAACAAGGGCAAGGCGGAAAUAGAUGGAAAGGAGAGGAAGAGACAGAGCCGAUUUAGAUGGAGUGGGAUCCCCAGCAAAGAGAUAGAUAAUGAGGAGCCGGCUCCCGGGCUGGCUGUGGUGAAAGAAGGAGAGGGAGAAGAGCACAGGGAGAAGGAGAAGACGAGUUUAGAAAAGGAGGUUGAGAAGGAGGCUGAGAGAGUGAAGGUUGAGGGCAGGAAAUGGAGGGAGGAGGGCGAUAAUGAGAGUUUGUAUUGCUACUAG